AAAGAUCAAGGCUACAGGUGAAUCAAAACUUGAUGACAGCCAUGCAAACCCCCAUUCACACUCUGAUGAUUGUCCUCUGUACCACCGACAGUUCUUAGAAUUGGAUUUGGUACAUCAAAAUUUCUCAAAUUAUUUAAAACAUUGUCAGGUGGCAAGGUAAUAGCAAUCCUCUCGGUCUGUUUCAGUUGGGCCAACCAGAAUAUUCUGGACCACCUCCAGAGGUGGCCCAUUUUAAUCGGUCUGACUUGUCUGACCGAAAUUUGCUGUUCUAUUUUGAAGAAUCAGUUUGUUCCCUUCAGUGGAUUUUCAGUUGUGUAGGGGAUUGAGGAAAGGAAUAGAAAAUGGCAAGAGCCAUGCCUUUCAGUUAGCCAUGUUCGACCGAAAAGUUCCGUUUUCCUUGGUCUGGCAUAAUGCAAAGCAUCCCUUGUGUCUUCCCAUAGUAAAUAUCUACUUUGAUCUUCUUUCUUUUAACACUGACAGUAUAAUUCUUGGAGCGGCAUCCCUUGGACUUGUAGUGACAUAUCCUCUGAUGAAAAGAAUCACUUACUGGCCUCAAGCCUUCCUUGGUAUGACAUUUAACUGGGGUGCCCUACUUGGCUAUGCUGCAGUGCAAGGGAGUUGUGAUUGGUCAGUUUGUCUGCCGCUAUAUUUUGCGGGAAUCAACUGGACACUUAUCUAUGACACUAUCUAUGCCCAUCAGGAUAAGGCAGACGAUGUCUUAAUCGGUGUCAAGUCCACAGCACUGCUUUUUGGGGAUCAAACAAAAUUUUGGCUGGCAGGAUUUGGUGCUCUAUUGUUGAGCAGCCUGGUUCUUGUUGGAAUAAACAGUGAUCAGACAUGGCCUUACUAUGUUGGACUGGGUUGUGUUGCUUGUCAUCUCGCAUGGCAGAUUAAAAAUGUCGAUCUCUCCAAGUCAUCUGACUGCUUGUCAAAAUUCAAGUCCAGCAAAUGGCUUGGAUUGAUUCUUUUUGCUAGUAUUGUUGGUGGAACACUUGUGAAGAAAUCCACAGACAGGGAAGAAACAGAAGAAACACAAAGCAAGACGAAGUUAUAAAUAAAUUAAAAAGUGGAUUGAAUUAUAUCUUUUGCAAGUAAUGUACUGUUGGUAUUGUACUGUUAGUAUUAUGUAGCAGCUGAUGUAUUUGAUUGUAAUGUCAAAAAAACAUUGUAAGUUAUGUAAUGUCUAGCAAUGUAAUGCGAGUAUUGUAGGUAGCCAACUGUUAGUGUUAUAAAACUAUUGCAAGUAAUGUACCGUCAGUAUUGUAUAGUAAGCAAUAUACAUUGCAUUGGAUUGUAAUGUUAUAAAAAAUGUACCGUAAAAAAAAGGUUUGUAAUUUUAACAAAUUGUAAAGUAUGUCAUAAUUCAGCUGCUUCGGGGGCUGCAAUCUGCUAUCUACUUCGGGGGCUGCAAUUACCUAUCUACUGGGAGCUUCAAAGAAAGUUUGUCAUCAUAUGGUUAGAAAGGGCAGAUGAGGCUUACUAAAAGCUCUAGUAAGAGCAAUUUGAGACAGUGAAAGACAUACCUUGGAACUUUUGAAUUUUGCAUUCAAAAAGACAAUCUUCUGUUGCAGUUAAGUAUAAACGUCGCAUUUCAUUAGUCUAUUAAUCUUUACUGAUAUUUUGAUGGUUUGUAUCUAUUUAUUUUGUUUUGUUUUGUAUAUUUACUCUUGUACCAAGUUUAUAUUUAUGUGUACCAAUGUAUUUGUUGUGCCUCUUUCCUGACUCUCACAUUUUUAAUUAUUAU